AUGUUCGCGAAUAUCGCGCUCGGACGCGCGCACGCGACGCGCGCGCAUCACACGCGUGAUUCCACGCGGUUUCGUCGCGCGAACGUUCCCAGAGCCCUCGCACGGGGCGACGCAUCGAAUGAGAAAAAUACACUUUUCGACGACACGCAGUGGAAAAACGCGUCGCGAACGACCCUUCUUCCGAUGCUCACCGCCUCGCUCGCGGUGGCGAUCGCGACGGUGCCCGUGGACGUUUCCGCGGCGAUAGAUCUCUCGGAAACCAAGUCGGUGAUUGAAUUCAAACAAAAACUCAAGCCCAGAGUCUCAGAGGUCAUCUUGGAGUCGAAAUCCGACGCGGCGAACGCCGACUUGGCGUCGAACGAUCUCACGGGGGCGAUCUACGCCGAGAGUGAUCUGAGGAACGCGAACAUCUCGAAUACCGAUGCUCGGGGGGCGGUGUUUUCGAGGGCGAUCAUGCCUGGGGUGAAGCUCAACGCCACGGACGCGUCGAACGCGAUGUUCGAUUACGCCGUGUUGAGAGGGGCGGACAUGCGAGACGGGGUGUUCGCGAACGCGAAUUUCGUGCGGGCGGACAUGGGUGAGGCGAUGAUCGAGGGGGCAGAUUUUUCGGAGGCUGUUAUCGAUCGGUACGAGGCGAUUCGAUUGUGCGAGCGGGCGAGCGGAACGAAUCCGUGGACGGGGAUCGAGACGCGCGCGACGCUCGGGUGCGACGACUCGAGGGUGAGCAAGUACGAAGGGAGCGGUCAGGGGGGCGCGAAUAUCAAGGCGGCGAAGCGCAGUGGAACCUGGGGGGGUGGGAAGUGA